CUUCUCCUGCCUGGAAUUUCUGCGAGAAGCAACUCCGGUCUUCUGUUCUCUAACCCAUUUCCUUCAUUACUUUAGCUGCUGGUAGACCUACAAAAGUGGGAAAAGUUUCUCUCUUUGUGUUCUCCUGGGCUGGAUCAGUCUGCUACUGUGGUAGUGCUGUGGGACGAGCUACUGUGAUCUUGUGGUGUGAAGGAUAUUCCCAGGUUUGUGUUGCUGACAGGGAGCAACAGGGACCCCAGUCAGCCACAGGUGGGAGCGGCAGAGCGAUGGCACAGGGAUACCUCCAUCCUCGACUCCCUCCUGCCCCCUCUGGACCUAGAUUCUAGCGAAGCCCCUGCUCUGGAAGCAUCCCUCAACACAGGUAGGGAUGAGAUCCCGAAACCAAGGUGGAGAGAGCUCGUCUAACGGGCAUUUCUCCAGUUCCAAGCCUGUCAUCAGCCACGCAGAGAAUGAAAAACUUCAUGAGGAUGCCAAGAAAAAGAACAAACCUCAUCGGAAGGAAGAUGAGGUCAUGGUUUCAGCAACUGUCAAACGGCACUCAAAAUCACCUGGACCUACUGAACGAAAGAACAAGAAGUCCAUAGAGCUUUCUAAAGAGGACUUGAUUAAACUCCUCAGUAUAAUGGAAGGAGAAUUGCAGGCAAGGGAGGAUGUGAUCCACAUGCUGAAGACAGAGAAAACCAAACCUGAAGUUUUAGAAGCUCAUUAUGGAUCUGCAGCUCCAGAGAAUGUUCUCCGAGUGCUACACAGGGACGCCAUCCUUGCCCAGGAAAAGUCCAUAGGGGAAGAUGUCUAUGAGAAACCAAUUUCAGAGCUGGACAGACUUGAAGAAAAGCAGAGAGAGACAUAUCGGCGCAUGCUGGAACAGCUCCUGUUGGCAGAAAAGUGCCAUCGCCGCACAGUUUAUGAGCUAGAAAAUGAGAAACAUAAACAUACAGAUUACAUGAACAAGAGCGAUGACUUUACCAACCUCUUGGAACAAGAGCGGGAGAGGUGAGUAUCCAAGAUGGUGCAAAGAGUAUCCCUG